AUUAUGAUUUUCUUUAUACAGAAAAUCAUAUUGUACCCUGUUUGAGUUACUUUGAGAAGCAAUAAGAUGUGAUCGGAAACUAAUUGCAAGUAAUUCUCAUGUUUUGAUACUCAGGACUGACUUGCCCUCAGUGCACCCAUCUGGUUUUAACAGACUACGCCCCAUUUAUCAGUGAUGGCCUCGGUAUCACGGAUUUUCUAUGUGCCAGUUUCCCUCCUAACCAGAAAGUUUACAACAUCAGUGAAGUGCAGUGCCCGACUAAUCAAACGUCUGGAAAGAUGUACAGAUGUGGAGCCGUGAAUGGUACCUUGACAGUAACAGUUCACAUUCCUUUAUAUGGAUCGAAUGAAACAAAGAUGGCUGAAGUUUCACAAAGAGAUUGUGUAUCAAUUGAUCCUGAUAUUCCUAUCAGCUGUAUGAUGCAGAAAAACGUGUCUGUAGACAGAGACAAAUGGGGUUUGGUGGAUAUAGGGGUUCCUGGCUUUGAAAUCGUCGACGUAAAAUUUAGUGGAAUCAGAUGUCUUACAGAUGAAAAGACCAUCAUGCAUUAUAACUCUACUACAAUGAGCAUGCGCUUGGUGAACACUUCGAUUUUCAUUUUUUUGGGAAUAGCUCUGCACAUCCAAAAAGUAUAUUUUUAACUUUUUUUCAAAACUAUUUUAGAAUAUGUUUAAUUUCGUUUCACUUAAAAUCAAUAAAUGGCAUCU